AGCAUCAUUGCCCCGCUUAGGUAUCUUCCACACGAACCAACAAGCAAAGCUCCAUGUACCUACCCAUAGGUACUUGGCUUAAUCUGGGGGCGUCUUCUGUUCAGAAGUAUCCGGCUCGCAAACAGCAAAUUGUCAGUGCACAUUCAUUUACGACACUUUAGCCUUGCCUCGAAGAGAACCAUGGCACCUCGUGACCCUAAUACACUGGCCAAUUAUGGCGAAUGGGGCAUCAAACACACGACCGUAAACUUCAAGGUCAAUUUCGAGAAGCAGCGUCUGGAAGGCUCUGUUCUCCUAGAGCUUGAAUCUCUAACCAACAAAGCAAGCCGUGAGAUCAUCCUCGAUACAAAUCACCUAUCUAUUUCAUCGGUCAAGCUUGACUCGGUCGACUCAGAAUGGGCUGUCAAAGAUCGAGUCGAACCUUAUGGCGCACCGCUUCAUGUCUCCGUACCGAAUGGUGUAUCUCAGGGUGACGUUGUAAAGCUGGAUAUUGCCCUAGAGACCACUAAGAGUUGCGUUGGUUUGCAAUGGAUGACCCCAGCUCAGACUGGUAACAAGAAGCACCCAUAUGUAUACUCCCAGUGCCAAGCUAUUCUGGCCCGAUCUAUUUUCCCUUGUCAAGAUACUCCAGAUGUCAAGUCAACAUUUACUUUCAACAUCACCUCGCCGCUACCGGUAGUUGCUAGCGGGGUGCCCGUGCCUUCGGAUAACAAGGGAGAGGGGGCCAGGCUGUUCCGCUUUGAGCAGAAGGUACCUAUCCCUUCGUAUUUAUUUGCCCUAGCAUCAGGAGACCUUGCAACUGCACGCAUUGGGAAACGGUCUGUUGUUACGACUGGCCCUGAGGCACUCGAGGGCGCAAAAUGGGAACUCGAGGCGGAUAUGGACAAGUUCCUCGAAGUAGCAGAGAAGCUGAUCUUCGAAUACCAAUGGGGAGAGUAUAACGUAUUAGUGCUGCCCCCGAGCUUCGCUUAUGGAGGGAUGGAGAAUCCUAUCUUCACUUUUGCUACGCCCACUAUCAUCAGUGGAGACCGCCAGAAUGUUGAUGUAAUCGCACAUGAGUUGAGUCAUAGUUGGAGUGGUAAUCUCGUAGGCUGUGCGUCCUGGGAACACUUUUGGUUGAAUGAAGGAUGGACAACCUACCUUGAGCGACGUAUUGGCGCGGCCGUUCACGGCGAACCUCAAUUCGACUUCUCAGCUAUUAUCGGCUGGAAGGCACUUGAGGACUCUGUGGCGUUGUUCGGGUCUGACCAUGAGUUUACCAAACUCAUUAUCAAUCAUAAAGGGGUGGAUCCUGAGGAUGCUUUCAGUACGAUCCCAUACGAGAAAGGCUUUCACUUCCUCUACUACCUUGACCGAUUGGUCGGAAGGGAACAUUUCGACAAGUUCAUCCCUCAUUACUUCAAGACGUGGGCUAACAAGUCCCUGGAUUCUUUUGAGUUCAAGAAGACUUUCCUGGAUUUCUUUGAGAGCUAUGGUAAUUCGGAGAUUCGGGAAAAGAUUGCCACUAUUCCUUGGGAUGAGAAGUUCUACGAGCCAGGCUUGCCACCAAAGCCUGACUUCAACACGGCUUAUGUUGACAGCUGCCUUGCGCUGGCUGAGAAAUGGAAGAAUGAGGAUUACCAACCAACUAGUAAAGACAUCGAAUCAUUUACGGCUAAUCAGACACUUGUCUUCUUGCAAGCGGUACAAAGCUUCCCGAAGCCCCUGAAUGUUGAGAGGUCGCAUCUCUUGGGAACCACUUAUAAUAUUAGUUCCUCAAAGAACGUCGAGUUAAAAUCGGCGUACUAUCUAAUCGCUCUCCAGGCUGGAGACAAACAAGAGCUAUCCGGCAUAGUUGACCUCCUCGGGUCCGUCGGACGCAUGAAGUUCGUGAGACCUUUGUACAGGAAGCUGAAUGAGCUAGAUAGGGACUUAGCUGUUAAGACGUUUGAGGAGAACAAAGACUUCUACCCGUCCACUACUAAAGGUCAAUUACAGAAGGAUUUAGGCUUGAAAUAGGCCUUUGAAGACUGAUCAUCUGCGUCAUAAUAAAAAAAGUCGCAUGCAUUCUCAAAUUCUCCCGGAUUUUGGUGAUAUAGUAGACCUGACCUGACUAUUUCUAUAGGGUCUAGUUUAGAGCUAUUGGGUAUAGUAUCAUUAUUUGCCUAUUCUAAAUUGGGGCUUAUUAAUUAAGUAUUAUUCGUUGACUAAUAGGGGGGGAUAUUACUAAAUUUAAUGCUUGGGUCCUUAGGUAUCAGUUGACUCCAACUGGUUCAAAGGCGAGGCAGCUGACAAGUACCGCAAACUUUUGUACCAGGUCAGCACCUAAUCUUAGCUAAUGAGUUUAAUCAUACCGACACGUGAAUCUCUUGGCAUUUGCCCCAUAGUUAUCUCUUUCUACAGCGAAUGAGAAGCCGCCGGUCGCGAAUCGCGUUCCCGAUUAACCAUUAACCAUUUACAACCAUUU